AUGGAGGAGAUCGACCUCAGCAACAUCGUCCAGGGACGCACUCGCCGCAAGCAGAUCGAUUGGGCUGAAGCAGAGCAGAAAUCCAAGGAUGCCGGUGACCAAUUUGACGACGACGAUGAAGAUGAUGAUGAGGACUUCGAGGCGGAAGACGAUGACGAAGAGAUGAAGGGUUAA